AUGGCUGUGCCUGCAGAUGUCCAAGAGGAAAUCAAAGAGCUCCUCGACCCAGCCAACACUACUGGUGUUCAUGUGAAGCUGGAGAAGAUCCUGCUUUCUUUGGAGAAGGUGGGCUUGGCAUACAAAGCCAUGAUUUCUCCAAGAGAGAUCAUGUGUCACCCUGAGAACAGAGGGACUUCCAUGUGCAACGCACACAAUGUGCAUUUGAAGGGCACUCAGGUGCUGCAAAGUGGCUUGAAGAAAGACUUGUUACCACCCAAUUCUUUGGGGAUUGAGCUUGCAGUUGGACCUGAUGAGAGGUCAAAGCAAUUGAGAGCCAAUCAGCAGAUGAUUGGCCAAAGCAAAGGGAUGCUUGCACCUCUCCAAGGUGGGGAGAGGUUCUUGAGUUUAGCUAGCUCCCACUUCAACCAGUUUUGCAGGGCCCUUGACCAUGGGUGCACCAAGGCAGAUGGAACACAGCUCCACAUGACACCAGAGAUCAAGGCAUUGGUGGAAUCUGGCUGGCAGUGGACAAUGUUGAAAGCAGAGGCAGCUGUGAUGUUUCCAGACUUGCCUGCUUUUUGCUCCAUGAGCAUGAAUGCACACAACAGCAACACCAUCUUGACCAAUGAGCUGGAGGCAAUGAUGGAACUUGCUGCCCUACACAGAAGUGGCAUGAGGAUGCAAGAUGCAGUUCAAGCUGUUUGCCAAAGCAGCCCUUCUUGCAAAGCAUACAUAGAUGACUGUGCACAGUUCAUGCGCCUCUACUCAGGAGGGGACACCUUCCCAAUGCUGCUCUGGUUGGACGGGUUCUGUGACUUGGCUUGCAAAGCUUCUGGCCAUUCCCUUUUGGUUGGUGAGGAAAACACCAACUUGCUUGCCCACUACAAUUUCAGGUUGCCUGGAUGCCAGCUCAACUUCCUUCGCAUUGCCUUAUUGGCAACAAUUCUCAGCUCAAAGCGCCACCAGGAUGGAAUAUCAAAACUUGUCUUCAAAUCAGACUUUGACAAGUUGAAGGGCAAGAGCACAACCUUGGCCAUGGAAGACCUUCUUUCCCAGGGCUGGGCUUCAUGCCAGAAGGUGGCAAACAAAGCCCUGGGUGAAAUGAGCUUUGGUAAGUUUUGUGUGCGGCUUGUCCUGCAUGCAUUGCAGAAAGAGAAGUUUGAGAAGUUUAGCAGAGAUGGACUGUCCUUUGAUUCAUUCCAAGCUAUUGUAGAAGAGCUUUCUGUUGACCUUGAAGGGGGUGAACAUGUGCCAAGCUCAAGUGUUGCAGCUGUCAAAGCGACUGAUGCUGACAAAGUAAAGGAUUUGCUCAAAGCAAGCCCAGAUGAAGUAGCUAUGUUGCAGAACAGCCACAUCAGUGUUGGAAAGAACUACAUGCACAAGGACUACAAGGAGCAGGUAUUUGCAUUGGAGGGCAUCAAGGAUGGUUGUGGUGUCUUCAAGCAUGUUCCAUUGUUUGGUGAGACUCUUGAAGUUGUGGCCAGCGUGGAAGAGCUGAAGGAUUGGAAGAGCACUAAGAAAGAAAUGUGCCAGCUUUGCCCCAGAGAUGUUAUCAAGGAUCGACUUCCUGAGGCUUGCCCACUAGUUUUGGAUGAGUGGGACAAAAUGUGUGCAAGCUAUUUGUUGGCAGAGGCUUACAAAGAGAACAACAAGGCAAAUGUGGACAUGGUGGCAUUCACAAAGUUUCCCAAUGGCUUGCUUGCCUUGAGGAAGCUCAAGGUGAAAGAGCUGCAGCUUUACCCUGUGGGAACUUUGGCAAAGGUCAAGGACCAACACAAGACAGAUGACCUCUUAGCAAAGGGUGCAAUCCUGGUCAAAUUCAAGGGGGUAGCCUACCAGGUGCAAGGCUUCAAGGCCUACAACCCCAUCAAGAGUGAAGAGGCAGGAGUUGUGUGUGCAUACUUCUAUGUCAAGGCCACUGAAGAUGAGCAGGAAGCCAACCUUCAGGUCAUUUGGAAGACCUACAAAGAUCUAAUCAUUCCAGUCUUGGAGAACCCCAAGCAGGUUGCAGAGCAGACACCCCUGCUCAAGGGGAAAGAUGUUUCUGCCACACCACCUGCCAAGAAGGACCCUUCGAUGCCUGAUGAUGCUCUAGUUGCAGAUGUGACCAGACUCUUGCAGAGUCAUUUUACACAGCAGGAGCAGGAUAUGAGUGCCUUGGACUACAUGGUGCAGCUCAAGCAGGAAGCAGACUCUGGGAGUGGCCUGGAGAAGAAAGAUGAACAACCUGGUGAACCAGUGAGUGAGCAUGAGUUCACCAAUGCUCCUUGGCACAUGCCUUCCAGCACUCCUGUGCAAAGUUCUCCUCUUCCAAAAGCUCGACCAGUUGGGACCACUGAACACACAGUGCAAAAGAAGGAGGUGGCUGAAGAGAGUGAGACAGCCAACAAAUCUGUGUCGCACAACAGCAAGACCCAAGGAAUGGCAGCAACAAGUGAUGCCACACAAGGGACUGAGGAGUCCAAGAACCAGAAAGACUACACUACAGUUAGUCCAGACCAGGUGCCACUACAGCAGGAGCAGGGCAGUCAACCUUGUGGAAGUCGACCUAAAUUGAUUUCCUCUCCACAAGACAUGUGGAAGCAGCUCUAUGGUGAUGGUGGCAUACUUACCAAGCAGGAACCAAAGAAUCAGAAGAAUGAUGAAGUUCGAGCAUGGAAUGGAUGGGCUAUGAAGAUGGGGCUUCUUCUACUGGCCUGGUGUAAUCAUGAGAGCCCAAGAGCUAAGAAGAUGUUGUCAACAUAUUGUCAGAACAAGAAGAUGAAGCUCAUCAUGGCAGCCAUCAAGGAGAAGGUUGAGAUGCAUGGCUGGCCAGAUUGGACUGAUCCUGGCCCACAUGAAUGA